AUGAUAUUUGCUUCAGUUCUUUGUGAAGAAAAGAAGCCAGAGCCAAAAGUAGGAGAGCCUCAGUUCAGCUUAGAUGCUGCUGGCGGUGGAAACAACGCUCGCAACUUCAAUGCUGGAUUCAACGCAGGGGUCGGAACCAGGGUCUGGGAAAGCAAAAAUAAAGACAUGAGCUUGGACCUUGGGGUCAGUUACGGAAGAGGGUACCAGAGGGUCGACGGUCACACUUUCAAAUCACCACCACAGUACGGAAUCGGAGGUACCUUCAGAUGGGGAAGGAAGUGAUGGAGAACACCUCUCUUGUACUGAUUUCACUGAAUGGUGCUAUAUUUCUGUGAUGUUGUAAAUAAAUUGAUUUUUUUUCCCUCAA